AUGUGGACGACACAACAACAUCAAUCUCCGACUUCACCUCUCACGAAUCAACAUCAUGAAUUUAUUAUUCCCACAAAUGAUAAUUUUGCUUCAAAUUUAAAUGAUGGUACAGCAAUGAUGAAUAAUGAUGGUGUUAUCGACACCACUGCGUAUCAUCACAACAUGAGAUCCAAUAGUAAUAACAAUAAUAAUACAAAUAGUAGACCAACACACCAUCAUUCUCUAUCAGGAGCAGCUAGACAUGUCUUUCUUCAUUCUCAUGACUAUUCGUUAUUUAGAAAAACGGAAAGACUUAUAUGGCAGUUAAAUCAUCUUCACGCAAAUGUGAAGCAACUCAUUCAAAAGAGCGAAAGUAGUGUGAAUACAUCCCAUGUACCUUCUCCUUCAUCCCCAUCUCUAAGUACCCGAAAUAUCCAAGUCAUUGCAUCAUCUGUAAAGCAUCAGAAGGAGCUGUCCAUUCGAAGGAACAGAUUUUUACGCAAUAACAUCCAUCUGUUGGAUAUUCAAUCAUCACAUUUUCAUCAUCAUUCUCAUCCUUCCUUUGACGAAUCAGUAGUUGGAUUUACAUCUAGUAUCAUUUCAUCAAUUAAUACACCUGAAUAUACCAACGAAAGGAUAAAUUCCAUCCAAAAUUCUCCUACAUCCAUGUCCGAAGAAUCUCUUAUCGGCCAAUAUCAUCAUGGAAUUGCUCAUCCAUUUACUGGAGAUUUGUCACUUCCAAGAAGUAUGAGCAUUGACCAAUUAAACCAAGCAACAAACAGUGGGAUAGUUAGAAGCAUCAGUAUUGAUCAAAUUCAUUACAAUGGUAGUAAUAAUCAAGGUGGAGUCGUAAUUUUACCCUCUCACAUUUAUGGUGACCAAAGUGGAAUGUUUUCUUCUUCACCUAAAGGGGUUCACACUCUACAUGAAUCAUUCAAUAGCAUUGAAAUUAGUUCAAUCGCAUCCAAUGACGAAUUAUUUGGCUCUGAGGAACAUAAUUCCUCAAUGGAGCUCCUACCAAGCACUCUAGUUCACACUAUUUAUUCCAAGUACGGACUCGUGCUAACAAUUGAUAUUAGUCCCUCAAUGCUUGCUAUGGAUCCAAAAACAGGAGAAGUACUGUUUGACAGAGUAUUUAUUUCCAUAUCCAACGUUAUUACACAUUUAAUUCAGCCAUUAACCAUACCUAAUUAUAACGGUGAGAUUAUUCCAGAGCUUCAUGUUACUUGUGUUGCAAUUGGUAUGGCAGGAAGACCAGUUUUUUCUCUAUUUCAAGAUUGCCACAUUACGACCUAUAACUUAAAUGAAAUGCUUGGAAAAAUUUAUCAGCAAUUAUGUGAUCUGGAGAAUUUAGCCUCUACCUCUCUAAAAAAUUCCAAAACUAACGAUAAUUUGGCAAACAAUUUAAAAUUCAGCCAAUAUAUUAAGGAUUCACUGUUAGCAUUGGAAUUUCUUCCUCCUGAUGCAUGCCCAAUAUUUAUGUUAAUUAGUGACAGUGUAUUCAACCUCUCUGACUUGCAUUCAGAUAUUAUGUUUGAUAUCAACCAACGUGACGUCAGCGUUGCUAUUUUAAACAUUACAUCUCAAAGCAACGGUCAUGGACAUCUUUAUAGUUAUGUGCCUGAUUCCGAAUUGAUUGAAUCAUUAGUCACAUGCACCGAUGGAGUUUACAUUGAUUUUGAUUACAUAUCAAACUCAGAUAAUGAAAUUAACGAAAAGAAAAAAACAAAGGCGCUUCAAUAUAACCUCCUUCUUAAAUCUCCAUCGAUAAUGAUUGCAGACAAUGAAAGCUUGAUUUUAUCAGCUAACGAGGGUAGUAUUUUUCCAAGCAUACCUUCUGAUUCAAUCAAGAAAGACAUUCGAAAGAAUUUUUUUGAAUAUGAUGUACUGACCUAUACUCUUUCCAUGACAAGCGUUGAUCCAAUUUUAAAGAAAAGAGCAACUCAAGGAUUUAGAAUUACUGACAUCAAGUAUUCCACUCCAAUUGACAAAUUAUCAAAGUUCAAAGCUGAAGACGAAAAGUUGGAUUUAAAGUAUGUCAAAAUGAGCAUGCUUUAUCGAAGGAACGUAGAAAUAAUAUACAAAGUGCAUAUCGAAAGAUCUGGACCAGGUAUGGAAGAACAAGAUCUUGAUGUCUUGACUUCGAAUAAUUUUACGGGGUUCGGAAUCUCAAAAUCCAAUAAGGCUAAAAUCUCAGUCACCAUAACUGUCUUCAUGCACAAAAACAAUUUAGAAAAAUUUAAAACAUUCCUCAAAAAACGAACGAAAGAACCUUUUCUAAAAUAUCUACAGGAGUAUAUUCAGUCUAUCAACAUUGAAGAUGUUCUCAUUGAACAGUAUUUUAACUUGUCAGAGAAUUGUUCUGGACUCAAUCGAUCCUCUAUAAGAAAAAUGGACAUUCCCAAUAUUAAUUUUGAACAUGAAAGAGAAUUCUUCUUUGAGACACAAAAACUAGCACUUUGUUUUAACACUGAUGAGAACAUUUUUAAGUCAGACACAACCAUACAAAAAAUUCUUUCUACAGCCCAAAUGGGAACUAACGAUGCUUCUCCUACUGUACAAAACAAUGUAGCUCUCUUCAAAUCGUUUUGCGAGAAUGCUUGGUGCUCUACAAAAGUUUCAGACGAUAUUUUUAUUUUAUUUAUUUCUGAGCAAGACCACACAUGCUACAUGUACGACACUGUACACGAUACCUCUCUAUUAACGAUGGAAGAAAAAGAUACCUCUGUUUCUUGUGGAUUUUGUUUAUUGAAAAUUGUGAAAUCAUAUACAUCCAUUGUAGAACUGAAAUUUCAAUUUUUCAAUGUUUCCUCCUUCACAAUAUUUAGAGUUCUAAGACAUUUCAAGGAACAGUCUCUAAAGCUUUUCUAUCAAAGAAAUAUUCAUGCACAUUUCAUUGAAAACACUGCUUUCUCAGAAAUUGUGGCAAGACUUCCAAUUUGUAAAGAUGAUGAAACUCAAUAUCUCCAGUCGUUAUUCAGUCAUCCUCCGCAUUUUACUUCGUACCUUAAGCACAAAAAUUGGAUAUGGCCUCUCGGAGGAAGACUUAACGUUGCAGCGAUUUUAUCAUGCUUAUUCGCGCAAAGGUUAAAUGAAGGCUUUUCUCUGGUGAACACUAGACAAUCUGUAGUGUUUGUCAAGGAGUUAGAAAUCACGAAAAUCAAUUAUUUCUCGAAUACUGACUUUUUAUCAAAGCUUAUUCUGUUUUAUUGUAUUCAUAUUUUGAAGAAAGAGAAAAAACUCAUUACAGAGGUGUGGAUUGAACCGCAAUCAGGCUAUGUUACCUAUACCAAUGGAAUGCAGGUUGAUUCGAAUCAAUUGUGUACAGAUUUAUGUGAAAAUUGGUUCUAUAAUCUAGACUUACAAAUUAUCUCAUUGUUCUCUACGUUUGACAGCAUAGUAGCGGCUUGUAAAUCUGGUAAAGGCAAUAACAACUCUAUCACUCUUUUCCAGCCUGAGAAACCUGGUACCGUUACUCCUUUUAACUUGAAAGGCAUUUUCGAACGUUCUGAACGGCAAAGCUUGAAAUUUAAAGUAUUUAAAUUUGUGACUCAUACUGACACUGACACUGAGAUAGCAAAGAAAAGCAAUAUUGCUUUGUAUGACCGACUUUUGAAAAUUCUAUGCAAUAUCAAUGAUGUUGAAAUAAGUAUUGACAAGAUACCUCUAAAUUUGGAUAUGAAAUCUCGAUGCUUUGCAAGAACAUUUGAAAAUGUUGGAUCAGACAAACAAAAAGAUUUCCUUAUAACCAUAGUGCCUUCUCAUGUAACUGGAGAAGAAAAAGAUUUCACUGUCAUUGUAUGCGUUUGUACAGAGGAUCAGCUUCUAUUUGUGGACAAGUUGAAACGAAACGAAAAUAUGGAGCAUGUAGUUUGUUCUAAAUAUUCUUCUAUUGUUCAUCGUCAUCCCGCAUUGACACACGACGAAGAACACGCACUUGCUUCGUCAGCAACGUAUUGUGACUUUGUUACAAACUUGCAUGCAUACAGUUUUACCUAUGGAGUUUACAAGUAUUUGAACCAAAAAUUAACAAUAGAUCGAGAAAGCAUAGUUUCUGCUGUUGAGUCAUGCUAUGAGUAUAGAGAAGAGAUUGAUCUCACCGAGUUCUUUGAGGCCAUUUUAUUAUCUAGAAACUAUUUCUUUGAAAAAUCCGAAAAUGAGACUACUCCCUGUGAGAACAUGGUUAAUUCGUUCAAAACAAUAAUCGAGAAGUACUUUGAAGAAAUCAGAGGAACCAAAUAUCAUUUUUAUCUGCGAGAAACUUCUAUUCCCAAGUCUACAAAAACUGCUCCAAAGCCCAUAAAGAAGAAAAAUAGCGUGAAAAGUUUUGAUCAUCUCGAAGAAAUUGAUAAUGAGGAAAACUAUGAAGAAGAUGUGUCAGAUGAUGAAAUACAUAGUUUUCAUAGUGGUGACGACGAAACCUCACACUCUCUUUCCAGUCUUUCUGCAGGAUUGAGAGAUUUACAAGUAUCUGAUCAUCAAUCAGACUCUCUCACUGAAAGUUCUGGCUCUUCAGUUAGUGAUACCUUUAAUUUAACGGAACUUGAAAAUUCCACUCUUCCCGUAUUUAUGAGAAUGGAGUGUGUGUUAACUCCAAUUACAAGAGGAAAAGAAGAAUGGGAGGACUUGGAAGUGUUGGAUGAUUAUGGAAAUGAUAUUAAAUUACCAAUCAAAACCAUCCCAAUAGAGAGAAUUUCAAAGAAUAUUAGGUCUAGCAAUGGCGAUUUUUCAAAAAUUUCUUCUGCAUUUGGUGAGAAAGAAGAGGAUAGCGAAGAGGAUGAUGAAUCAGCAGAUUUUACUCCAAGCAAAAUUAACACAGAAAUGGAUUUCGAUUGGAUUAAUUCCUUGAACGCUGUAAAAACAACUUUGAGAUUUUAUUGCAUUACGCUACCACCUGACAAAUAUUAUGCUUCAUUUAACGGAUUUGAGCCUUCAAAGAAGGAUGUUUUGGGAAUGUUUAGAAAUCACGUGUCUGACACCCAAUCCGCCUACGCUAGAAGUAAAUUUGAGCAAGAAGACGAUGCCUAUGAGGAGGAUACAACAGAUGAAGCAGCUCCUUAUUUAGAUAAGGGCUAUCUUCCAAGACAUAUCAGAAGAAUUGUUUCAAGAACCAAAAGACGAUUACAAGCAUUAGUUUCAAAAGAAAUACUGAACGCGCUAUUGAGAACCCAUCCAAUUACUUCAUAUUCCAUUAAGAAAGUUUUUGAUAAUGUAGAAAAGCUCCCCUCGUCAUGCUAUCAGCAACAUACUAUUCCAUUAUUUUUUAUUGACCAAGUUGAAGGUGUUAAACUCUUCCAUCAAGAGCUGUUGAAAUGCAAAAAUGUUGUUUUCAAAAGUAUUGACAAUCAUUAUGUGGUUUAUUUUCGAAAAAGAAAUUGCUGCCAAAAACAUGCCAUGUUUGAAGAGUAUGACAGAAAGUGCGAGCAAGAAACAUCACCUGGUGAGGUAUCAAACAAAUUCAAAAUUUUCAGCAAGGAACUUGAUGACUUGGAUAUGACCAUGUUUGAUAAUGACACAGAAAUGGAACGAAAUUGUAUUGAAGCACCAUUUUGGAUCAUUUUAAAAACAGAGAGCAAGAAAUCAAUGUCCAUGUUGUUUUACUCACCAAAUACUCUCUCAAUUUCGCAGGCCAAUGACGUGGUCAAUCUCAUUUUCAAAGCAGUUAGAGUGGUGUGUAAGAGAGUGAAUACCCUGCUUCUUCUCUCCAAUUUGCACGAUACCAGAAUAUGUAGCUCGUUACUUCUUCCUGUUAGAAAAGAUAAAGACAAGAAAGCUGUCUCUGAAGUUAGUGUGCUUGACAAGAAGUUUUUACGUAAGGACAAUGAAAAACCAAGCAGUGACAAUUUUAAUGAGGGAGAUUUUGCCUGCAAAAAAACUUUUGAAAUUUCAUUUCCACUUCAUAGCAGGUUAUCCACUGCCAUGGCCAUUAACCACUUGAAUCAAGUUGUUUUCAAUCCCUUCAUUGUUGCUAAUAGAAGUGAGAUGUUUGUGUACAAGGAAAGGAGUGGUCGUGUUUUUUAUCUUCAGCUCACGGAUGGAAACAAACAAUCUCCUACUACCGUACAGAGUCCAAAGGAUGAAGAAUCUCCAACUCUUCCUGUUAGAGAUGAGCAGGAACACAAAACCAAGCUUAAGGAAUAUUCCAUUUCUCUAUCUAGCAUGGGUCAAUAUCUUUAUGCUGAAUUGGAUAUUAAGAGCAAUGUAUCUUCUGUUGUUCUGGAAGUUUAUGGUGUUUAUCCGCCUAGCAUUGAAAUUACAACCCAACUGAAAAACCUUAUUGAAGCAAAGUUAUCUUCACUCACUAUGAACAUUAUAUCCAAUUUAUUACUCAGAAAUAGACAAUUUAAAAUCAAUAUUGAAGAUUUACAGUUUAUCAGACCAUUGCUUUCACAGCCUCAGAAGAGUGUGGUAAUUAGCCUUCCAAAGUUUAUUAACAAUAAGUUGCUUUUCAUGUUAUUUGCCAGAAAUAACAUGUUGACCUACAUGAAUCAAUUAUACCUGACUAGUAGUGAUGAAUCGGCGGAGAGUCCAAGCAACCUCUCGUAUAUGUCCUUUACUGAAGAUGAGGAAGAUGAUAUGGUUUUCAAAGCAGCUGAUUUUUCAUUUUUAUAUAACUCGGUCACUCAGAACACAUAUUCAAGAGCCAUGACAUCUCAGGUCAAUUGUAGAGGUAUUGCCUGCGUACAAAUGACACUUCUAAAUCAAGACGGAGAGAUGGUUACUGUUUUCCCUUCAAUGAAAGAACCAUACACUUGUGAUUUGACUGGUGUGUCCCAAUUGGGUCUUCUUCAAGAGGAGCCGUCAAAUAUAGCUUAUACAGAUUUUGGAGCUCCUAUCCUUCGUAAAGAAGGCAGCACUUCAGAUGAUGAGGACGAUGAAGAAAAUGUUAUUGAAAAAAGUGCCUCUGCAGCUCACCGAAGUGAUAAUGGUAAACUACUACUGGAAGUGUGGAAAAAAGGAGAUGUAGACCUAGCUUCUCUUGUUGAAAAAAUUUGUUUCACUCUUAACCAAACACUGAUAGAUUAUGUUGUCGAAUGCGGACUUUUCACAUUGCCUGUAAAUCUGGAAGGAUUCAAUCGUUAUUUUUUGGUAAGAUUACAAACUCAGGCCAUCAAGGCAGGUAGAAUAAGCUCUCCCACAUUAAUGGAGCACAGAGCUGCCCUAUUUUUACCGCUGUGGGAAAUGAAUAGAUUUAUUGGAGAUUUACACAAUUUGUUGUCUGCAUAUAGCUUUAAACUGAGACCAAUUACCUUUGUCAGCAAAGAUGCAAGACAAACAUUUGCCAAAUAUUCAAGAAGCAAUGAUCUUAUCGAACAACAUCUAGUCGAUUCCAGCAAUGUUUGUUUUGUUAUGAUGGCUGGUAACUUUUCUGUUUCAACUGAUAAGGUUAUUAACCUUGGUGAAAAUAUCAAAAUAGGGGAUAUCAUUUCUUUAGAUGGGUUUAGUUACAGAAAUUCGAUCAAGUAUACAAGAAAAUGCUGUAUUGUUAUAAUACUAACAAGUGCCGAAUUGCAAGUUAUUGCAUACAAUUGGAAGCCCCAACAAUUUGAAAAGUUCAAGUAUCAUUUGCACCAAACGGUGUCCUGGUUGAGAUGUAGAGCUCACUUACUCAACAGCAUACUCCAUCAAAAGUUGGGUCUCUUUUAUCACUCACAUUCGAGUAACUUGGCAACCGUUCCGACCAACCUAAUGAUUCCUCUUGGUAAACCACAAAAGGAAGUACAAUUUGCAUUCAACAACAUUGAUUUACUCAUUUACAAUAAGCAAAGUGCUCCGAGCGAUCCAAAGACUUCCAAUGCAGUAAGAAGAACGACCCCUUCAGCAACAGCCGUCACAACUAGCAAUCCUCCAACAAGCAUGAAUCCACCAAAACCAAUUCUAGACAUGAGAGGAGGUCAAAUGUACAACCGGUUUAAAAACCUAGGCGCGAAUCCCACACUAGUCUCCUCGUCUACGAAUGACAUGUCGGUAAAAUCCGAUAUUCAGAAAGUCAGAAAAGAGAAAAAACCUCCAUCAAGCAAAAAUCAAUUUGGAUCACUGCUGAAAGGAAUAUUCGAUUUAGAUAAGGUACCUUGCAAACAACUUGCUAAGAAAACCAUGAAUGACAACAAACCACGUGAUCCACUGCUUAUUCAUGGGCUUCACUUUAAACACAUUGUUCACCAGAAUUACAAAAAGAAUGUUGAACAACAACAAGUGUCAAAGAUUUAUGGAUUUUGGAACAAAUCUCAAUCAACCAACCUAAAAUCGAGGGACUUCCAACUCAUUAAGAAUACCUCAAGACUUAUCCACUUUUGCAGAGUGCCCCUUCUUUUUAAUCCUUUAAGAAGAAUAUUGUUUGGUUCAUCAUCCUUUAUUUCCUCAUCUUCAGCUGCAAUUAUUCAACAUAUUGACAGUGUUGAGGGCGUUCCAGGUGCGGAAGAACAGCAAAAUAAUAACCUUCGUGAAAUUGGUUAUCAUAGAAAAGUAUUUGAAUCAUUCUUGAGUGAAUACGUAGAGUAUAUCAAGUCUUUGGAUAUUUCUGAUGUUUUCUUGCAUCCUUCAGAUCAACAUGACUCGUCGCCAUUGUUACCCUCGACACCUAGUGAUAUGAAUCUAAUUAAUAACUCAAUGGACAAAGACAAAACAAGACCACAGCCCACUCCGCUUGUCCAAGUGGUGGGAAAUCAAAUCAUCAAGCUCCAACCAACCACCAUUUACUUCCAUAAACAAAUGGACGAUGGAGUACUAUUCCUAGAGUUGGGUCUCGACAGCAUUUACGUGUAUCUCAAUGUUUAUAUUUCUGACAUCACAGUUCAAAGACCUUCAUUGUUGAACCCUCGUGCCUCAACGAGAGGAGAGUUCUUGAGAAAAGUAAGCCAAUUCAAACACUCACUUCACAUGAAUUCGUUUUCAUAUGAUUUCCACUUGAGAAACUUUUUGAAUUAUCUAACAACAGAUUACUCUGGAUUUCCAUCUACUUUGAGCUUUAUGAGUUUAUUGAAAGACUUUAAUCAAUUUUAUCCAAAUCCUCCGCCUCAUACUAGAAAUAUUUUGCAUUCACAUACUAUCACUUUUGAAAAUGUUAAAGACAUUGCAGAGAUUAUGCGAGAAAAGGCAACAGCACCUAAAAGUAGCAUGAAAUCACUCGAGCGGGGUCGAUCUUAUAGCACUGAGAGGCGAGAAAUGCUGAAUGAUCCUUUCCAAUUCUUCUUUGAAUAUAUUUGCAAAAACUCUGACAAGUACAAGGUUAAAUUCAGCCAAAAGAGCAAAGAAUGUUUCAUCCUUGAUACAUACAUUUCUCAUGAAGAAGCAGAUUACUCGUACUGUGUAUUGGUCACCAAGUCAGUUGUACAUUCGGAUUCUCAUACCACUUUUUCACAUUACGGCAGCGCAUCAAAUUCUUCAUCAAGAUCUCCAAGCCCCCAAGAAGAAGACAGUACAAUGAAUCUCACCAUGUAUAUUGUGUUUGUCGAUGCAACCAAUAGACAUCCAUAUGAUAGCGAGAUAGAAGGUUCUAAAGAUAACAUGUACAAGGUAGUUACACAAAUGGCUCAACAAUACGAAAGAAAGUUGGCAAAUUUGCUACAAAGUGUCAAAAAUUCGUUCAAACUGGAAAUAUUGUGGGAUAUGGCUCUCAAAUUCAGGAUGAGCGAAAAUUUAUUCAACGAACUCGAUGCAUUAUGGAUCAAAACUCCAAUCACCGAAUACGAUUUUACUCUCUCAAUUUUCGAAGUUACCUAUGUGCCAUGGAAUGAUGUGAUUUCUGAACUGUGGAAUAUUUAUGGAGGAGAGAGAGCAGGAAGUAUAUUCAAGAAAGAUGGCACUGCACAACAUUUACUCAUUAAUCCAACCAGUACUGGUCUGACUGAUUUCAUGUUGCACAUUCAUUACAAGAUUAAGGAAAACGCUGUGAUUGUCUAUUUCUGUAAAAAGAAGCUUGCACAAGAACCUGAACCACUUCACGACCAUAUUCAUACCUCUGCUGCCAUGAUGAAAUCUAAUAAGACACCAUCACCUGUAGUAAGGUACGACCAAAAAACAGAUACUUCUCAAAAUGGUAUCUUAAUUCCGAACCAAACAGAACGAGAUUUUAUUAGCUCUUUCGUUAAUCAUGUCUGCUAUGUUCUGUAUCGUCUUACCUUUUAG